AAAAUUUUGUUGUCUUUUUUUUUUUUCUUCACUACAAACUUCCUAUGUCUAAUAUUGCAAUAAAGCAACCUACAAAGAGUAUAUUAAAACAUACCUAUUCUGAAGAACACCAUCAGCUCAAAAAUAGACAGAACGAAAGCUUGAAUAACAACGUCAAUAAUCAUAUACAUAACCCUUCGACUUGGUUCACGAAAUUCAACUCCAUUCCAAAUAGAGACGAUUUGGCAUUAGCGUUUACCAAUACUACUACAACGAAUGCAGCAAAAACAACAACUCAAACACACAGACUACAAAGCUUUUUAGGCAGUCUACGAAAAGUUUCUCCGCAACAGCAGCAGCAGCAGCAGCAGCUAAUAAAAGAACGAAACAAUAACAACAACAAUAGCAGUAGUAUCGACGAAGAAUUGAUGAGUAAAGAAUUAGCACCGAGACAACUUAGACGAGUUCGGUUCCCUGUAAAAAAAAAUAUAUCGACAGAAUAUAUAUUCCAUAAAAAUGAUGAUACCCAUAUAGAUAAGGAGAGAUUACAACGACGGCGACAAGAAGCUGAAGAAGAGCAAGAGUCUAUCCAUAUCCAAACUGCAGGCCAGCUAUUGUCACUUUAUGAAUCCAUUUGUAGAAAUAAGCAAGAACCAACAAUCGACCUUUUAGUGACAAAACUGAUAACACAACCUAAUAUGACCAAUUUAAGGAAAUUAGACUUGACAAAUCAGCCAUUGAAUAGAAAUAAUGUCUCACCACUUGCAGAUCUCCUGUGCAUUGAUUUUGGUAUAAGAGAGCUUGUACUAAACAACUGUAAAUUGGAAGAUGAUGCUGUCAAGAUCCUUAUGAGCAGCUUAUUGGAUAAUGAUCCUAUCGAACAAUUAGGACUUGCGGAAAAUCCUAAAUUGACGACAAAUGGGUUCAAAUAUAUAGCUAUCUAUAUUAAAGCAUCUAAACAAUUGUCUAAGCUGGAUUUAUCCAAUAAUCAACUCCAGAAGAAGAGCUUACAAUAUAUAUUAGCUGCUGCUUCUGUGACGAAAGCAAUGUCACCUCGACUGAGCCAUCUUGUGUUGAACAACUGCAAUUUGAAAGGACCCCAGUUAGAAGUGCUUGCUUCGAGUAUUCGAACAUCAUCCAUUAGAAAGCUUUCAUUGAGGAAUAACCGUAUCACUCACCAUGGUGCACUUUCCAUCGGUGUCAUGUUACGUGACUAUGACAGCCUCAGCGGCAACAAACAACAGCAGGGCUUGAACACGCUAUGGCUGGAUCAUAAUGAAAUUGGCCUAGGCAAUGGCAUUCAAUAUUUAGCCCAAGCAUUGAGAAGGAAUCAGAACCUUUAUCAUUUGUCGAUGAGAGAUUGCAAAAUAGAUGGGAAAGGAUGCACAUUACUAGGAGAAGCAUUGAAAUACAAUCAACAUCUGAAAAAACUAGACCUUGGCUAUAAUCCACAACUAUGUACCGAAGAAGGAAUAGCCAUGCUGGGGCAAGCACUAAGAAUAAAUAAAGUAUUGACCGAGUUGAAUUUUGCAGAUACAGGCUUAGGGACAGGAGCUACCAUUACACUAGCAGAGUGUUUAUCCGGAAAUACAUCACUCGAAUAUCUGGAUCUUUCCAAUAAUGCAUCUAUAGGUUUAGCCGGCUGUAUGGCCAUUGCAGCCGCUGUACAAGUGAACCAUGUUAUUUCUCACAUUGAUCUUGGUAUUCCUAGAGAGAAUCAAGAUAUGGUGGAUGUACACAAUGGAAUCAUCGCAGCGUGUACGAGAAAUGCACUUAAAAAAAAGGAGACCGAAGAGCAAGAACAACGACCCUCUCUUCCCCCAAGAAGCGACAGUGAUAGUAGUCAUAGCAAAAAAAGUUUGAAUUUAACAGCGCACGCAACAGCCAGAUUAUCAUUAGCGGAAAGAUUAGCGGCUGUCACUAAGAACGCCAGUAAUAGACGCAGCUUAUCCAGAACCUCUUCUGAAAAUUCGUUGGAUAAAUUCACCAUGACCAGACCCAUUGGAUGCGACUCUACAUUAAAAACAGCUGGGAAACCAAGCGACAAUGGUUCUAACGCCAGCGAGGAUAUUUCUCGUCUGAUUCAGGAAGCAUUGGAUGAUCUCGGUCAUUUGGAGUGUGCUUUGAAUAGUGAGAAGCAAGUACAUGAUGAUGACCUUGAUACUAUUGCGAAUAGAUGCAAAAUGAGGCAUAACAUGAUUUGUCUAGAGAUACCCUCUGUGACAGAUGCCGUACAGUUAGGUACGACUGCAUAACAGUGUGCUUUGCUCUCAUCUAUUCGGAUCUUAUUUUUUUUACUGAUUUCAUUUGCUUUUAGAGUUGUUGCUAAGUCUCAAUGAUAGGCUAAAUACAGUGAUAAAUGCGUAUGAAGGAAGAAAAGCAAGGACUGCGUUAUCGACCAAUGGCAACGACCUUCUGCUACAAAAGACAGAUACAGAAAGCAUGACUCCUUCUUUUGAGAUUGGUGAUGAAGAGGACGAGGACGACGAUGAAGACGAUUAUUUGGAAGAGUUACGUGACGAGAUGACGGCAGAGGAAGGUGCGGCCUUUUUAAAAGCGAAAAAAAGUGAUACAAAUACAGUGGUAGAUGCGGCGUGAAUUGUAGCAGGAGAGUAAACGAUAGACUUUGAAGAUGUAUGAUCAUUUGUAAUAACCUUGUAAAAAUAGAAUACCAUUGUUUCUAAAACAAUAAACAUUUCAGAUAGAGCCUUCUUUGCCUUCUCUACUUUUUUGUGUAACA